UACUCCUCGACCGCCCAGUGCACUCUGGGCUCCCUUUUUUGUUUCGUUGUUUUUAUUUCGUUUUUGUCUGAAAAAAGUGAGCUUGAUGCAAUCAGAAUUCAGAAGUCGUUAAACGGAUUUCCACUUAUCAAACUUGUUCCUAUGGCUGUUUUCAGUCCCAGUUGUUCUUCUACUUCCCCACUUCUCUCCUUCAAAAACAACAUCUCUUUCUUCCCUUCACAUCGCCGUUGUUUUCCCGGAGUUCGCUGCACUUUUACAGUGAAAGCCACCGUCAGCGUCGAGUCUCCGUCGUCUUCCGCCACCGACCGCUGUGAUGACUCGCCCAAGGUUUUACUUGAAGUCCGAGACCUAUGCGCUGUCAUAGUCGAGUCAAAGCAGCAAAUUCUCAAUGGUGUUAACCUCACUGUCCGCCAAGGCGAGGUUCAUGCUGUAAUGGGUAAGAAUGGUUCUGGAAAGAGCACCUUUGCUAAGGUUCUUGUUGGGCAUCCAGAUUAUGAAAUUACAGGAGGCACCGUGUCAUUUAAAGGUGAGAAUCUACUUGAGAUGGAACCUGAGGAAAGAUCUCUUGCUGGUCUUUUUAUGAGCUUCCAGUCCCCAGUUGCCAUACCUGGAGUAAGCAAUAUUGACUUUCUUAACAUGGCGUAUAAUGCUCAAAGGAGGAAACUUGGACUGCCAGAGCUGGGACCAAUUGAGUUUUAUGGGUACAUUGCCCCGAAGCUUGAACUUGUCAACAUGAAGAUAGACUUCUUGAACAGAAAUGUAAAUGAAGGAUUCAGUGGUGGAGAAAGGAAGCGCAAUGAGAUUCUGCAACUAGCGGUUCUCGGGGCUGACUUGGCAAUACUGGAUGAGAUUGAUUCUGGUUUAGAUGUUGACGCACUUCGAGACGUAGCAAAGGCAGUAAAUGGACUUCUAUCGCCAAAGAAUUCGGUGUUGAUGAUUACGCAUUACUUACGAUUAUUAGAAUUCAUCAAGCCGACGUAUAUCCAUAUCAUGGAGAAAGGGAGAAUCGUGAAGACUGGAGACAUAUCAAUAGCUAAAGUUCUGGAGAAAGAAGGCUACAAAGCAAUUUCUGGCCCAUAGAGCUGCAAUGAAUGAUGAUGUUUUUUUCGUUGUCUCAUCAGCUACUAGAGGAAAUAUUUCUACUGCUCCAACAUUAUUUAAGGAAGUGGCAAUAAGUGAUGCUUCCACUUUUCUCAUCAAAUGAUUCAAAAAUAUCAGUGCUCAAUUGUCUCGAGUUGUAAGAGUAAGGAUAAACUAUGUCCUCUGAUGUAGACAAAAUGAGGAAUUUUGAUGACAUGGUGGGGAUUGAGUCAUAUACUUGUAUUUUAUCCUGUCUUUUUAUUCCUUUUUUCUAAAAUCACAGAUUAGUUUUGUGUCGGGAAAUAUAGUAACUUAGUUGGUUGGUUAUUGCCUAAACUCAUGGUGAGGAGGGUUCGAUUCUCCACCUUUGUUUUAAAUGAUCCUGAUGUUCUACUUUAUGAGGUGCGGCUUUUUACCUCUUAAUUCA